AUGCAGCCUCUCCUCUGUCUUCUCACUCUCGCCUCUUUGGCCAUGGCCUUCGACCAGUCGGCCAGGCAGAGUAAGCGCCAACUUAGUGGGAGAGUCCGCAGCACGGCCAACGAGUUCAAGGAUGACGGUUGCAACGACAUCAUCUUUGUCUGGGCUCGUGGCUCUACCGAGAUUGGUAAUAUGGGAACGAUCGUCGGUCCCGAUGUCGCCAACAACCUCAAGGACGCAUUUCCAGGCCAGGUAGCUGUGCAGGGGGUUGACUAUGCUGCUCUUCUCUCAACCAACUUCGUCCCCGGUGGUGCUGACCCUGUCGGCAUCCGCGAGAUGGAAUCUAUUCUCAGCGAUGCUAUGAGCCAAUGCCCUGACUCCGUGAUUGUCACUGGCGGUUAUUCCCAGGGCGCAGCCGUCAACCAUCGUGUCAUCGAGGAUCUCCCUCAAGACCAACAGGAUCGAAUCGCUGGUGUCAUCAUGUUCGGCGACACCCAGAAUCGCGCCGAUGGGGGCCAGAUUCCCAACUUCGACCAAGCCAAGACAGAGAUUAUCUGUGCCUCGGCACCCCGUGACACUGUAUGCGAUGGUAUCCUCACUUCCGCUGUUCUACCGCCUCAUCUUUCCUACGGCCGCAAUGCUAAAGAGGGUGCCGAUUUCCUUAUUGGUCAGGUUAGGGGCGUCUUGGGUGCUGGAGCAAAGUAA